AUGGCGGGCACCAAUGCCUCUGCUCUGGAAAAAGACAUUGGUCCAGAGCAGUUUCCAAUCAAUGAGCACUACUUCGGAUUGGUCAAUUUCGGAAACACGUGCUACUGUAACUCCGUGCUCCAGGCGCUGUACUUCUGCCGGCCGUUCCGGGAGAAUGUGCUGGCCUACAAGGCCCAGCAAAAAAAGAAGGAAAACCUGUUGACGUGCCUGGCAGACCUUUUCCACAGCAUCGCCACGCAGAAGAAGAAGGUGGGCGUGAUCCCACCAAAGAAGUUCAUCUCCCGGCUGAGGAAAGAGAACGAUCUCUUUGAUAACUACAUGCAGCAGGAUGCUCACGAGUUUUUAAAUUAUUUGCUAAACACGAUUGCGGACAUCCUGCAGGAAGAGAAGAAACAGGAAAAGCAAAACGGGAAAUUGAAAAGCGGCAACCUGAACGAGCCUGCGGAGAAUAAUAAGCCCGAGCUCACCUGGGUCCACGAGAUUUUCCAGGGGACGCUCACCAACGAAACGCGGUGCUUGAACUGUGAAACUGUGAGCAGCAAAGAUGAAGACUUCCUUGACCUGUCCGUGGAUGUGGAGCAGAACACGUCUAUUACGCACUGUCUAAGGGACUUCAGCAACACAGAGACGCUGUGCAGUGAGCAGAAAUACUAUUGCGAAACCUGUUGCAGCAAACAGGAGGCCCAGAAAAGGAUGAGAGUGAAGAAGCUGCCCAUGAUCCUGGCCCUCCACCUGAAGCGGUUCAAGUACAUGGAGCAGCUGCACAGGUACACCAAGCUCUCCUACCGAGUGGUCUUCCCCCUGGAGCUCCGGCUCUUCAACACCUCCAGCGACGCGGUGAACCUGGACCGCAUGUACGACCUGGUGGCCGUCGUGGUGCACUGUGGCAGCGGUCCCAAUCGCGGGCAUUACAUCACCAUCGUGAAAAGCCACGGCUUCUGGCUUUUGUUUGACGACGACAUUGUAGAGAAAAUAGAUGCUCAAGCGAUCGAAGAAUUCUAUGGCCUGACGUCAGACAUAUCAAAAAAUUCAGAAUCUGGAUAUAUUUUAUUCUAUCAGUCAAGAGAAUAAUGGACAGAGCUGUGGAACUCAUUUGAGAGGGGAGAAGGUUCAAAAAGCACUAUUCCCUGGUUUCUCUGCAGACUUUUCUCCUUCCCCAGUGGUCCCCCAGUGGUAUCACUACGAGUCUCAGUGAUCUGGCUGUGUUAGACUCUCCCCACCAUCCCCCCCACUUUUCCCAGGGUCCCCCUCCCCCCCACUUUUUAUUACCUGCAGCACUACUCUUGGAUUUAUGAUAGUCUGACAUAGAGUUAACUGCAGUCAGAGUGUGGUGAGAUUUAUACAGUAACAUUUGCUCAUCGAAGGACUGGGUGCCCGGCAUUUCGCUUGCUAUGCCUGGCUGGAUUAGGAUGGUGUUUCUUAGAAAUAUUCCACCGUCUACUUGAAGUCUUUGCUAAACUUCUUAAGUAGCUUUCGGGGUCUCCUUACAAUGCAUUCCUCUUAACUCAUCCCUGGAAGCAUUGCCACCCGUCUUUAGCUUCUCUGUCUGGUCUUCCAACAAAAGAGCAGAAGAAAUCAGGCAGAUGUUCACUUGUUAGGACAGCAACCAUAGCUUUAAGUUUGCACAAGUGAAACUAUCUCAGAGGGCGAGCAACCUCAAGAUUGAAAUCAUCCUCCGAGUGGACCGGGGUGAAGAGAGGCUGUUCACGGUGGUAGGGGCUCCACGGGUGGAAUCCCAGGGCCACGAAGGAAGGUAUGGCGCUCAGGGCAGGCAAAGCCCAGGGGAGGACCCUUUGGUGGACAAAGUUACCUUUCUUAAUCUUUCUACCCAAAUGAAAUUUCAGGAAAAUAACUGUAUGCUGUUUUGUUGGUUGGUUUUAGUGACACCCUUACAAACAAAAACAACCCCCCUCUCUUCUCUACCGUCCCAUGAGUAGUCAUUCUCCUUUACCUGGCACUACUAAGCAUUUCAACGUCUGUAUCGUGCCCAUCCUGCUGAUGUUCUACAAAAGUCUGGGUGGUCAGGCUGAGGCUCCACCUCGGCGGCACCUGGCACAGCUCGCCGCAGCCGAUCGGCACUGGGAUCAUUCUUGCACCAGGAACCGUGAAGCGCUGCACCCAACAGCUGCUCAGCUGCACCACACAGCUGUGGCCGUGUUUGCAUCUCCAGUCUGUUCGCUGAGGCCCUGCAAGUCCCAGGGCCAAUGGAGGCCCUCCCCGAGCGGGAGGCGAAGGGGCGGGGUAACGAAGGCGGAGCCGGGACUCAGAGGAAGUGUCUGUGGGCACGGGGAGGAAUGGACGAAUUGGGGGCUGUUUCUUUGGCUCAGACCCCUAAAAUGCAUUGCAGGAGGGAGUUUGUUUUAGUGGGAAGAACCUCAUCUCACCAUAGUUAGUUUUUUCCUUGUUUUGAGUUUUGUUCUGUUACCUGUAUUUAUUAGGGCAUUUGAGUAUUAGGACCUUUUAUUAAAAAGGUUUAUUUGGACGUGUGGCCAUUGAGCUGGUUCUUGGCUUCCUACAAAUAUGAGUUGGAGAUUUUGGCUUUCUUUGGGGAUGUCCGUUAACUUCCAUACAUUAUGCUAUACUGUGAACGUAUUAUUUUGUUACCUAAUAAACCGGUGAACGAACAGGCAAACUUUUGGCAGAAUGUGAACUGAAAUCGAACGAUGGUUGGGGGUCCAUCUGGCAAAAAUGAAGAGGAUGGCACUUUAUCUCAAUGAAAACUGGAUUUCUUCUCUCUGACAUAUCUUGAACUGUCUGUGACUCAGCAUGGAAGUGACGAGCACGCCCACGCGCACACUUCAUGUGUUCACACUCGAGGUGAAAUGUUUUCCUUUUCACUGGAGAAAAGACAAAAGCAGGGUGGUCUUCACUUAUUAUUUUAUACGAGUGAUGGAAAUAUUAAUACCUUGCCUUGUUUAGAGGCCAAUUCAUAUUUAUAAAUACUUUUGUCUUUUUUUUUUUCUCUCCGAUUUCUUCCAGUAAUGAUAUGCCGUAAUCACGCAGAACUGAAAGGUCAGUCUUUCUUUUUGUGUCUCAGCAGAGGCACUUUGCAAUGGUUGACGACUGAUGUCGGGAAAUGUUUGUAUUAGGUAAUCACCCAUCGAUGUGACUUCGGGGUGACAAAGUUUAAAAAUAGAUACCGGCUGAUCUCUCAUUAACAUAUUUGGAAACUGAUUCAUAAGCAAAACCAUUAAAAAACCAUGUUUGAAAUGAUA